UACAUAUGUACACAUUUUAACAUACUUCAUGCCACGCGCAACGUCAGUACACUUCGUGGCCGAACACCGGCAUCAAGUGUGUCGCUCCUAAAAAAAAUCAUUCCGACUAAGCGAAUUUUCGUCUUUUUUCUAUAAUAUUUCCAGUGGAUUCUGAUAUUCCGACAAUUUAAAUAAUUUCUGAGUUGACGAUUCCUGUGCUUUUUUUCAAAUUGUAGUUUGAUUGCGAUUUUUCCAAUUCGCGAUAUUUUUCGACUCGUUUUGUUCAUUACAAUUAUUCGUGCGUUUGACGGAAAUAGUUGCCAAGACACUUUUAGUGCGUUGAUAAUACUCUGGAAAUCGAAAGACCCGGACGGAGUGGCGGGUGCGUUUGAAAAUGAACCUCCAGAGAAUGAAAUAGUGAAGAGCGGGAGGUUUCUUGGAGCGCGACCCGAUUGCGUUGGACGAGCAAAUAAAGCUGUUUUUCAUGAAAGCCAAAGUUGACGGUAAUCGUGGAUGAAACAGGCCUGGAAGACGACGAGAAACGUGUGAGAAAUUUGGGACGCGUGCAUUCGUUGUUCGAUGGUCCGAUUGUGAGUUUCGAGGACUUAACCACAGAGGGGAUUGUUGCGUUUGUUGCGUAUAUUAUGUUAGUUUUGGAACAGUGCAAGUUUCAUGGUUUUAUUAAUCAAAAUGAUGGAAAUCACAUGUGCUUUGUAAAUCGUUUGAGACAAGUUCCAAUCUCGUGAAUUGAAUCGACGUUGAAACAAGAGACACGUAAAACUAUGUUGGUGCUUCGGAAAACAAAUUUCUUUACCCAGGCCAUUUUUGGUUGUCGAAAAAUCACCGGUGACCGAGAGUAAAAUCGAAAGAAAAAUGCAGCUUUGCAGAGAAAAUAUAAAUCCGAAAUAUUCGAACUGGAGUUGACUGAAGUAUUUAUUGCAACAAUAAAUACCGGAGUAAUUGAUUUCGGUGGAAAAAUAUCGAUUGGAUAACACUCACUAAUGAAAUCUUAUAUAAAUUCUCUUGAAAAUCGACAGAGAUAAAAAUUUGCAUGACAAUCGAUCAUCGGAUCGAACGAUUUUCAUUUACUGAGCGAAAACAACACUGAGGCUUGGAAAACAUAUUUUUUUCCUCGACAUUACGCAAAUCCUUGCAAAGUUCAUCUCUGUCCCCUAUUAAGAGUGGACAACAACGUUAUUGAAUUAUCUCCCGUUGGAUUUUCAUCGAUGUGAUAUUCGCGUCCAGCUCUCUUUGGCUUUUGUCUCGUUCGACGUUGAAAAGGAUCGACUUUGUCGGCGAUAUUCCACGUGUCACGUUGCAUCGAGAGAAUUAUGUAACGAUCGCUUGUCGGAUGAGACACCGGCCGAGUCGUCGACGACGAUUACACCGAUGUUUUGCGAUGGUAAAAAAAGACGGCGCAUCGCUCGAGUGAAGUAGAAAUAGAAAAGGAAUCAUUGACAAGCAGCACUACGGCUAUUCUAAUUUUUCAAGAGAUUUACACCAGUGCAGGUUUGACCGGAUGAAACGAAGUUACGUCUGUCGAACUUAUCAUCAUUGUUAUUACCUCGUUGGUGGCCUCUGUACGAUUACCAGGACUCACGAGUCCUGAAAAUACUCUACUGGCCGUCGAGAACUUGCAGUUUCCUUCGAAGUGGAGUCGAAAACAUACGACUUUAAAAAAAAAAAAAACAAAAUAGCGAAAUAGCGAACAAGAUUCAUCUUCGAUUAUAAGAAAUCAUGUUCAGAAGAGUUUACUUUUUUAUUUUUUUCACAAUCCUCGAGAAAUUCACAUCCUCAGCAGCGAAUGAGACAGCAUGGACACCGAUUUGCGCCGACACCGGAUGGGAGAAAGUCCCGGGGAUGAAACCGGAGUACAUAACUUCGAGUGAUGUUCUUUAUGCGGGCGUAAACUCGGAGGGAAUCGUUGUCACUUGUUUCAAAGCAUGUCUCGGUGCAAAUUGCACUGCAUUCAUUAUUGACUUCAAAGAAAGUACUUGCUUCAGUGUUACACCAGGAAGUGAGGAAUUCGUGCCCGAGCCUCAGGCAUCAUAUUAUCACCAAAUUUGUAUCCGAGUACCACCGAGUUGCAGGAAGACGAGAUUGUGGCAGGUGGAAAGAACUCUCGGGGCUGUUUUAAUUGACACAACGAGUAUAAGAGUUACCAAUUUUGUAACGAGAACGCAAUGUUACGAGAAGUGUAUAGCAGCUGGCUCGAUGUGCCAGUCAGCACAAUUUCGUACGAUUCGCGAUCUCGCGAUCGGUGACAGCCAGGGCAACUGUACUCUUCAGUCUAUUUCGCGGGGUACGAGGCCCCAAUCUUACCGAGCAUCGAUGUACAAAGACGAGUACCUUGAGACAGAGUGCCAUGAUUUAUCAAGUGCUGACUAUUGUUCAUACGCGGAAUAUCGAGACGAAACACUGCCAUACUCGGAUCUCAAAGUUCCUGGCCUAGGAAUACUGCAGUGCGAGCAAAGAUGCAACGCCGGAAACGACGGUUUCUUGUGCAGAUCGUACACGAUCGAUAACAGUACAUACGGACAACCAGUUUGUCUUCUACACUCAGAUGACACUAUAGGAGCGGGCGUAAGCUCCUUGGUUGAUAAACCAGGUGUCAUUUAUAAAGAGCGAGAACCGUGUCUCAAUCUCAAAGUGCGUUGCACUAAUACAAGUAUGACUGUCGAAUUCACCACAACGGAGCCGUUCAGGGGAAGACUUUAUGCCAGUGGCUACGGGGAUAGUUGUGGUGUUCAAGGCAAUGGUGAAACCAAAACGAUCCUCGUUAUUGAUUUACCGGACAAAGGAAAUUUGAGUCUAGGAAAUACAAACUGUGGCGUGACACCAGCAUAUGCCAUGGACAAUCAAAAUCGAACUCGAACCGCUGUCUGGGUGACUGUCAUCGUUCAGUUUAAUCCCAUCGUACAAAGGCUCGGCGACCAGUCUGUCAGGGCUGGUUGUACUCUGGACGAGCCUGAUAUUCCAGAACCAAUGAACGUGACCGUCAACGCAGGAUUCGAUUUCGCAGAUCCGAGCGCUGGAACUCCACCAAUAACGUGGACAAUUUUCAACACAACGACAGUUCCAAUAGUAACGAUGCGAAUUUUGGAUGAAAAUCAAAAUGACGUGACCGUCACACAUUUAGGCGAUAAGCUGACCCUCAGAAUUGACAUAAGUCCACCCGGAGGUCCUUACGAUAUAUCCGCUGGCCAUCUUGUGGCGAGCAGCGCAUCGGGAGCAUCUUCAAUCCUUUUGCUCGAUGAAAUGGGCUGUCCGAGUGAUCCGAAGAUUUUCCCAGCUAUGACACGAGACACUUACAAUAACAAGUCAUUGUUGUCAACCUUCACGGCGUUCAAAUUUCCGGACAGUCCGCGAGUUCGAUUCGACGUCGUUGUUAAAUUUUGCCUCGGCAAGUGUGACUCGGUGAAAUGCAGGGGAGGAUCGACGGCUUACGGAAAAAAACGAAGAUCCGUUAACGAUACGCUACCCUCGACGAAUGUGAGUGACGUUUCUGAGCUGAUGAUCCACGAGGGGACGAUCGACGAGCUCCCGCUCCAAAGAUCGAUAAUCGUUCAAGACCCAGUGAUAUCUGCUGAUCCUCUUCUCGGUGGAAAAACAUCGAAUCCUGAUACUGUGCUCAUAGCAGGCGAAAAAACGUUGGACGGUCUUCUGUGCGUAGACGCUGCGCUGGUGCUCGGUCUCCUAAUCUUCUGGCUCUGCGUCCAAAUCGUUCUGACGUUUGGCUGCAUUAUUCUCGUUCGGCGUUAUCGGAAGCACGCGAGAAAAGCUGAAGAGGAUAGAGCUGACAUUUUGGCACGUCACCUGUACGGAAUUCAUGGUGGAAAUUUCGAAAUAGCUCGACGGGUUAGAUGGGCAGAUCACAACGGAUCAUCGAUGAGUUAGAGUAUAAGAUUCCACGCGCCAAUGAAAGUGAAGAAAAUAAUCUCCGGUUACCAUUUACAGUAACUGCCUGCAGCUUUGAAAAAGAACAUUUCUGUUAGCAAAAUCUCAUUUCUAUUCCAUUCGGAAUGGAUUAUUGAAGAGUUUAAGGUAUUACUGGAUGGACAGCCCAGCCGAUAAAUUGUACCUGAUCGGAAUUUCCGUACUUCGUGAUGCAAUAAAAAUCUGAAAAAAUUCA